UUUCAGCAAAAUUUUUGAAUUGAAAAAAAUGUAAAAUUGAGACAAAUGAUUUUUUUUUUUCCAUAAAAUAAUUAAAUAAAACAAUAUUGAAGAGAAAAGGCAAAAAAAAAAAAAAAAAAACUCUCCACCAAAAACAAAUAUUUGUACCACCUUAACCUUAACAGCUUAACUUGAGUGUUGAGUCCAUCUAAAACCCCAAAUAACCCCAUUUCACUUUACUCCCAAAAUUCUCUCUCCUCCAUUUCAUCUUUCUCUCCUCUUUCCGCCAUGGAUGAUAGCUUAUAUGACGAGUUCGGCAACUACAUAGGUCCCGAGAUCGACUCCGACCAAGACAAUAAUUCAGACACCGACAUUCCUUCCGACGAUGACGCCGACAAACGUCCUUCCGACGACGACAACACUCCUUCCGCCGCCGCCGGUCCCACCAACGGUUGGAUGACAACCUUAAACGACAACAACGAUGACGACAUCGAAAUGUUCGACAACCAGGUUGUUCUCGCCGAAGACAAGAAGUACUAUCCUACUGCUGAUGAAGUGUACGGUGAAGAUGUUGAAACCCUAGUUGAAGAUGAAGAUGAACUUCAUCUUGAACAAGCUAUUAUUAAGCCUGUUAAAACCCUAAAAUUUGAAGUUGGUGUUAAAGAUUCGUCUACUUAUGUUUCUACUCAGUUUAUGCUUGGUCUUAUGUCUAACCCUAAUUUAGUAAGGAAUGUUGCACUUGUUGGGAAUCUUCAUCAUGGGAAGACGCUUUUUAUGGAUAUGCUUGUUGAACAGACUCAUCAUAUUUCUACUUUUGAUCCUAAGAACGAGAGGCAUAUGAGGUACACGGAUACAAGAGUUGAUGAGCAGGAGAGGAGAAUUUCUAUCAAAUCAGUGCCAAUGUCACUUGUUCUUGAGGACAGUAACUCCAAAUCAUAUUUGAUUAAUAUUAUGGAUUCACCGGGUCACGUAAAUUUCUCGGAUGAGAUGAGUGCUGCUCUUCGGCUUGCUGAUGGGGCUGUCCUGGUUGUUGAUGCGGCUGAAGGUGUCAUGGUUAACACUGAAAGGGCCAUUCGACAUGCAAUUCAAGAACGCCUUCCUAUUGUUGUUGUUAUUAAUAAGGUGGAUAGACUGAUUACAGAACUAAAACUGCCUCCUAAAGAUGCUUAUCAUAAGUUGCGCCACACCUUAGAAAUCAUCAACAACCUUGUAAGUGCUGCCUCUUCAACUGCUGGCAAUGUUCAGAGUAUUGAUCCGGCAGCUGGUAACGUUUGUUUUGCCAGUGCAACAGCUGGAUGGUCAUUCACUUUGCAAUCAUUUGCAAAACUCUAUGUUAAACUGCAUGGGGUAGCAUUUGAUGCAAAUAAGUUUGCUUCUCGUCUUUGGGGGGACAUGUAUUACCAUCCAGACAGCAGAACUUUUAAGAGGAAACCUCCUGUGUCUGGUGGGGAAAGAUCUUUUGUUCAAUUUAUCUUAGAACCUCUGUAUAAGAUAUACAGUCAAGUCAUUGGUGAGCACAGAAAGAGUGUCGAGGGCACACUGGCAGAACUUGGGGUUACACUUCCGAAUGCAGCUUACAGGUUAAAUGUUCGGCCCCUGUUAAGACUUGCUUGCAGCUCAGUUUUUGGUACAGCAACAGGCUUCACUGAUAUGCUAGUUCAUCACGUUCCUUGUGGCAAAGAAGCUGCAUCAAGGAAGGUUGAUCACAUAUAUACUGGUCCAAAAGACUCGGAGAUCUACAAGUCCAUGGAAAUUUGUGAUUCAUCGGGGCCAGUUAUGGUUAAUAUCACCAAACUCUAUCCAAAAGCAGAUUGCAGUGUUUUUGAUGCUUUUGGUAGAGUUUACAGUGGUGUGCUCCAAACGGGACAAACUGUUCGUGUGUUGGGAGAAGGAUACUCACCUGAAGACGAGGAAGAUAUGACAGUGAAAGAGGUCACGAAGUUGUGGGUCUAUCAAGCUCGUUAUAGGAUACCUAUAAGCAAAGCUCCACCAGGUUCAUGGGUUCUCAUUGAAGGUGUCGAUGCCUCUAUCAUGAAGACUGCUACACUUUGUAAUGCUGAUUUUGAUGAGGAUGUCUAUAUAUUGCGUCCUCUCCAGUUCAAUACACUUUCAGUGGUGAAAACUGCUACUGAGCCUCUUAAUCCUAGUGAAUUACCAAAAAUGGUUGAGGGGCUUAGAAAAAUCAGCAAGAGCUAUCCUCUUGCUAUCACCAAAGUUGAAGAAUCUGGGGAGCACACAAUCUUGGGCACUGGGGAAUUAUACCUUGAUUCUAUCAUGAAGGACCUGAGAGAGCUUUAUUCCGAAGUAGAAGUGAAGGUAGCAGAUCCAGUUGUCUCAUUUUGUGAAACGGUGGUAGAAUCUUCAUCAAUGAAGUGUUUCGCUGAAACUCCAAACAAGAAGAAUAAGAUAACUAUGAUUGCAGAGCCAUUGGAGAGAGGUCUUGCAGAGGACAUCGAGAAUGGUGUUGUGAGCAUUGAUUGGCCUCGAAAGAAACUGGGAGAUUUCUUCCAAACAAAGUAUGAUUGGGAUUUGCUUGCUGCACGUUCUAUAUGGGCUUUUGGUCCUGAUAAGCAGGGACCUAAUAUACUGUUAGAUGACACACUUCCCAGUGAAGUUGACAAGAACUUACUGAAUGCUGUGAAAGAUUCUAUUGUUCAAGGCUUUCAAUGGGGUGCUCGGGAAGGUCCCCUCUGUGAUGAACCAAUCAGAAACGUGAAGUUUAAGAUAGUUGAUGCUAGGAUUGCUCCUGAGCCACUACAUCGGGGAACUGGACAAAUCAUCCCCACUGCCCGACGUGUGGCUUAUUCAGCUUUCCUUAUGGCUACCCCUCGUCUUAUGGAGCCAGUCUAUUAUGUGGAGAUACAAACACCAAUUGAUUGUGUUUCCGCCAUCUACACGGUUUUAUCUCGGAGACGUGGCCAUGUGACUGCUGAUGUUCCACAACCAGGGACCCCGGCGUAUAUAGUGAAGGCAUUUUUACCUGUGAUAGAGUCGUUUGGAUUUGAGACAGAUUUAAGGUAUCACACUCAAGGGCAGGCCUUCUGCCUCUCUGUAUUUGAUCAUUGGGCUAUCGUCCCAGGAGAUCCACUGGACAAGAGCAUAGUCCUACGGCCUCUUGAACCUGCCCCAAUACAGCACCUGGCACGGGAGUUUAUGGUGAAAACAAGGCGUAGAAAGGGUAUGAGUGAGGACGUGAGCAUCAAUAAAUUCUUUGAUGAGGCCAUGGUUGUCGAGUUGGCUCAACAGGCCGCAGAUCUUCAUCUACAAAUGAUAUGAAGGAUGUAAUGGACUGACCCCUGCACUCGCACAAAGAUUAAUUUGGAAACAAAAAGAUACACUUUACAUAGCAAAGCCAUCCUUGGAUUACUGCAGCAAAAUCCAAUCUGGCUCUAAUUGUAAAAUCUGCAUCACGAAAUUACUAUUAAUGAAAAGAUAUGUGAUUUCCCUCGAAAAAAAGAAUCUGAUUGGCUCAACUACAAUUAUUAGAACUAAUAAAUAAUAUGCAGAGCUCAAAAUAAUAGGGGAGUUCACACUAUUAGAACAUCAAAUGUAGAAAUUACUGUACAGCAAACUCAAAUAAGAUUUGUACAAAACUGUGAGUGAGUCCUAUCGUAAUCUAUUGAACAGUAAGCCUCUGGAGGUGAUCUAAGAAAACCUCAAAACUGACAUCAUCAGUGAAUAUGAGAUCUCCUCCCGGUUGCAAAGCGGAACCAGAGUUGUAUGUUGCUGAAGGAUUCAAC